AUGACACCCAAGCCGAAUUCUUCGGCCAAAUCCCUAAAGCCACCUACGACUCCCUCUUCGCCCAAACUUCUCCGCCGCAAGUCUAACUCCCUCUCCGCCAAAACCCUUCCUCUCUGUCGAAACCUUCCGCGCUCUGCCUCCGCGCUCUGCAUCCAUGCUCCACCUUCAUCUCUGUCGUACUCCGCCUUCCUUCAACUUGACGCCCAAGAUCGGUCCACCAUUUACCAUCUCUGGCCAACUCUCUACAGAUCUGGACAGAACAAGCUUCGAUUUCUGAUCAGAUCCGCAUUCAUCAAUGCAACUACCCGGUCAACAGAUUCGAUAUUCUUUGCGCAUCCAACAGCAACUUCUUCGUCACCAAGAUUGGAAAUGGAUUUGCUACAAAAGAACAUUCUGAAGCAUUUAGUAGAGCUUGUUGCUCUUCUUGGGUUAACUACGACACUGUUGUGCACCAUCUGCACGAAGCUUUGCGCCAUAUGCAAAAGGAAGCAUCACCGCGACGAUAGAUCCAGAUGGUCCAACCAUGUAAUUUUUGUACUGGGCAAUAGACUUAGGGUCUUUCUUUGGUUCAUGUCAAUAUUGAUAUUGUUAUUUAGAGAAAUUGAUGAGCUUUGUAAAAUGAUUAUUAGAUGAAUAAAAAUUAUGUAUUCACAUUUUGAUUUUA